AGAGCAGUGCACACUCUCUCCCGUUUUACUGGACUUAGCUGCCGUGUUUGAUUGUUCUUGAGGUGUUUCGGGGUGUUUUGUUGCCAUGAAGGCUCUUGUGGUCUUGCUCUUAGGGCUCUUGGUGGUGUGUGAAGCCAAGAAGAAAGAGGGUUUCCAAGAGGACUUUGAAUUUGUGGAGGAUGGGAAAGACCGCGCAGGAACAUCGGGAGAGCGCAGGACCUGGAUGCUGGACCCUGACAAUGCGCUGUGCGGCCUCCUGCGCUGCGGCCGACGAGAAGUGUGUCUGCUGCAGGACCGCUUCACGGCCGUCUGCGUCAACAAGGCGGAAGUGACCAGGAACGGGGACAAGAUCAUCCCCCUGAAGGACGCCAACUCCGCCUCAGACCAGGAGCUCCCGAGAUCGUGGGACACCCUGGCCGACUACGACGAGGAGUACGACGAUGACGAGGACUACGACGACGAGGAGGACGACGAGUACGUGCUGGAGGACGAGGACGACGAUGAGGAGGAGGACGAGGACGUGGUGCCAGGGAGCGAGGCUGAGAACCAACAGCAGCAGCAGCAACAGCAGCAGAGGGUGUCGGGCGGAGAAAUGGGAGACCAGAGGCUGAAUCGCCGUCCAUUUGCAGAGAAGCAGUGUCCCUCUUGUCCUGUGGUGAGGCCAGUGUUCCUCUGUGGCUCCGACAACAGAACAUACUCCUCUAUAUGCCGCCUGCACUAUCACAAUUGCAUACAUGAAGCUAACGUCCAUUUUACAUGCAAAGGAUUCUGUCCCUGUAAAGACCCCAACUCCCACUCCACCAAGAAAGAGAGACAGAGAGAGAGACUGGACGCUUAUAUUAACAAACUCAGAGCCACCAAGGAUGAACCGAGCACCUCAUCUCCCUCUCCAGAUACAGCGCAGUCGUCCUCCUCGCCGUCAUCGUCUUCCUCCUCUUCUUCCUCUUCCUCCUCCUCUUCUUCCUCCUCCUCCGCUUCUUCUUCUUCUUCCUCCUCCUCUUCCUCUAACACCUCCAACAGCGACAGCAGCAACAGCAGGGGCAACAGCAGGGGCGGCAGCGCGCGGGGGGGCGACGGCGGCAGAAAGCACGGGGGACGCGACAUGACGGACAAGUACAACAACCGCGUCCGGAGUCGCUUUAACAAGGCCAAGGGAUACAAGAAGAACGGCGGCUACAAGGGCGAGCGGGGCGGCGGCAGGAACGGCGUCGACGACAACAACAACAACUACAGCAAGUACGGCAAGGACACCUACAGAAAGAUGGACAAGUACAAUGCCCACCGGCAGUGGUCACGACGCACCAACGACCCGACCCGCCUCGCCUCCAACACCGUCUGGGGACCCAAUGAAUGCACCCAGGACGCCCUCGAAGCCAUGGGGAACCGGAUGCUGGACUGGUUCUCCGUCAUCAUGGCCGACUCCCGCAGACGAACCAACUCCGUCACGAAAGCUCCCUCCUGGUGCAAGCCCGAGGUGUCCUGGAUGCUGGACCACCUGGACGGGGACAGCGACGGCCGACUCAGCGUGAAGGAGCUCUACCAGCUGGAACACGAUGACCACGAGCGAUGCAUCAAGCCUUUCAUUGACCGAUGUGAUCUGGAUAGGGAUAUUUUCUUGUCUGCCCGAGAGUGGUGCAAAUGCUUCGACAAGUCAGAACGUCCUUGCGCCGCCCUGCGUAAAGCCAGCAAGGGCCUGCUAGGCGGCUACAUUCCCGAGUGUGACAGCGAGGGCUACUAUCAGCCGACACAGUGCCACGCGGGGGCAGGUGUAUGCUGGUGCGUGGAUAGGCACGGCGUCGAGCUGCCCAGUACCCGCACACACAGCACUCCCAACUGUGACGCGAUAGUGAACAGCCAAGAGGUGAGCAGCAACCACGUGGACGACGACGCAGAAGAUGGCGACGACGACAUGGACGCCGUGGAGGGCAGCGCCGACAUGCCCCUGGACAUCUAAGCGAGAGGAAGAACAAAGAGGGGGUCGCCUCUCCUCUUCUCUUCUCUCUCUUCGCUCUCUUUCUCUCGUUCUCCUGCGGCCGCCGUCCCUCGACGCCCUCGACGCGCUCUCGACGUCUCCGUACUUCUUCACUUCUGAGAACCACUGGAUUUGAAGACGUUCGCUUAUGUUUC